GUAUUUAGUUGAAUUCGAUUUCUCCAACAACACACACACGCAAGACGAGAUUACUCUGCUCAGAAGCUGCCUUAUAUCUGUGUUUACAUUAUUUUUGUUUUGUUCUUUUGCUUUCUUUUAUUUUGUGUUUUUGCUGAGUCAUAUCUGCAAUUAUUAGUUAGUAGUUGAAUUUGAAAAUGUUAUCAGUUCAUAGUGUACGCAACGUUAGCAUAGCUUGGAAAUGGAUCAGUGUCCGAGAACAAAUACAAAAGCAACAAAAGCUAACACGAAUGCAAUUUGCAUUUCAAUCGACAGCAGUCAAUGCCAAGGACCAAAAUGUAUAUAGUAAAUCAUUUGUGAAUUCUUUGAAUAACGAAUGGCAAAAAGCGCUACCGUCUAAAGCCAUACCCGGCCUCAGCAGAUACGAAUUGGUGCGCGGCUUCAUGAAGGGCGGCCAGUUCGCUGAUUUUUCUUUGAAUGAUUUGCUUUUGAAGGGUCGCGAACGUUUCGGUAACAUUUAUCGUAUGCCCGGCGUUUUUGGGCAACCACCUUCACUUGUACUCUUUAAUUUCGAGGAUUUUGAGAAAGUGUUUCGCACUGAGGGCUCUUGGCCGGUGCGACCAGGCGGCGAAGUAAUAACACAUUAUCGACAAAUGCGAAAAGAUGGAUUUUUCAACGAGAGGAUUGGCUUGGCAGGGCAUGGCGAAGAUUGGGGUAAAUUUCGACAUACUGUAAAUCCUAUUUUAAUGCAACCGAAAAAUGCUAGACUCUACUUGGGACCCAUGCAAAAGGUGAAUCUGGAAUUCAUACAAAGGUAAUUCAAACAAAUUGUC